GAGUUUUAAGUUUUUCAGGGAAGGACUCGAGACCUCCGAAUUCCCAGGGAAGGACUCUCCGGCCGAUUAUAAAUACCAAAGCUCAAAAUGCCACCACACCCCAAAUUCCUUCUUACCCCAGAUUUCGUUUCUUGGUCUCUUUGUUCUUGUGGGAUCGAAGUUUUGAUUGUUCAAGAUGACCAUCCUCAUUGAGCAGCAGGAGCACCAACCUGAGUUUGGAGUUGAAGGUGGAGGAGGGAAGGAGGUUGUUGUGGAUGAAAAAGAAUUGGUCUUGGAUGGUGGAUUUUUGGUGCCACAUACCAACUCCUUUGGACAAACUUUUAGGGAUUAUGAUGCAGAAGGUGAGAGGCAACCAAGUGUGGAGAAAUUCUACAAGAUCAAUCACAUUAACCAGACUUAUGACUUCGUCCAGAGAAUGAGAAAAGAGUACAGCAAAUUGAACAGGGUGGAGAUGAGCAUAUGGGAAUGCUGUGAACUUCUCAAUGAGGUUGUAGACGAGAGUGAUCCAGACUUAGAUGAACCUCAAAUUGAGCACUUAUUGCAAACAGCUGAAGCCAUUAGAAAGGACUAUCCCAAUGAAGAUUGGCUACACUUGACUGGCCUUAUCCAUGAUCUUGGGAAGGUGCUUCUUCUUCCUUGCUUUGGGGAGCUUCCUCAAUGGGCUGUUGUAGGUGACACUUUCCCAGUUGGUUGUGCUUUUGACGAGUCCAUUGUUCACCACAAGUAUUUCAAGGAGAAUCCCGACUACAACAAUCCGGCUUACAAGACUAAACAUGGAGUUUACUCUGAGAAAUGUGGACUUAACAACGUAUUGAUGUCAUGGGGGCAUGAUGACUACAUGUAUCUGGUGGCCAAAGAAAAUAAGACCACUCUACCUUCAGCAGCUCUUUUCGUCAUUAGAUACCACUCAUUCUAUGCUUUACACAGGGCAGGAGCCUACAAGCACUUGAUGAAUGAAGAGGAUGUCGAAAACUUGAAGUGGCUUCAUGUAUUCAACAAGUAUGACCUUUACAGCAAGAGCAAGGUUCGGGUUGAUGUUGAGAAGGUGAAGCCGUACUAUCUCUCUCUCAUUGAAAAGUACUUCCCAGCUGCCAAGCUAAGAUGGUGAACUUCUUGAGGAAUGGAUAUGAGCAACUAGCUACAAAAAAAUAGACGACAUUUGGAGUUGUAGUUGCUUGUCUUUAUUGUUUUUAUAAAACUCUUAUGUGUAUGAUCUUUUAUGUAUGAUGUAUUUUAAAUAUUUUGGAUUGCUUCAAUAAAAUGCCAUUUUGAUGAUAGUACCUCCUGA